GCAAGCAUAAGUUUUCAGGGGAAGAAUUUACACGCAGUCACACAGUAGAUGUAAAAGUGUAGAUGGUUGUUAUUAGAUACACAAGUGAUUCUAUACGCUGAUUGCAAACGGAAAGACCUGAAAAAAUAUCUGAGAAACGAAGAUUCAAGAUCUGCCUAAGCUGAUUUUUCGAUUUCUCUUGUUUUUUGCCAUUUUGGAGAGAGAGGUGUUCUUCUGCAAAGGGGUAUGUAAAAAUCGGUUCUUGAUAGCUGUGAGAGCCGUUCUUGAUAUCAAAAUUGAGUUGGGUUCUGUGGAAUUACUAAUUAGAGUGAGUGUGAUUAGUUGUUUAACUGCGGCUUUGUUUUUUUGGGAUAUGAUGAUAUGGGCUUAGAAUAAAAAUCGAUUCUUGAUAGCUGCGAGGGCCGUUCUUGAUUCAAAAUUGAGUUGGGAUUCUUGGGUUUUUUGGAAUUAGAGUGAGUGUGAUUAGCUGCGGCUUUGGUUUUUUGGGGAUGUGAAGAUAUGGGCUUGGAAUAAAAAUCGAUUCUUGAUAGCUGAGAGCGUCAUUCUAGGUUAGGAAUUGAGUUAGGAAUCGACAAUCGAGUGAGUGUGGUUAGUGGUUUAGCUGCGGCUCUGUUUUUUUGGGGAUGUGAAGAUAUGGGCUUAGAAUAAAAAUUGAUUCUUGAUAGGUGAGAGCGUCGUUCUAGGUUAGGAAUUGAGUUAGUAUUAUUAGAUUUUGCCGAAUCGAGUGAGUUUGAUUGGUGGUUUUGGGGGAUGUGAUGAUAUGGGAGAACACGCGGCAGCGUUGGACACAGCUAUAAAUUCUGUGCAGGCAUUAGGGAGGGGAUUCGAUGUGAACUAUGACACGAGGUUGCUGUAUUGUAAGGGCGUAUCGGGGUCGAGGAUUGUGGACAUUGAUGAGGAGCACACGAGGGAUUUGUACCUUUCUGAUGACUUUGUUGUGCCAAAUGUUUCAAGGGACAUCAAGAGUUCUCACGAGGCAGGUGGGCGCGGCGGCUUUGGUGUUUGCAGUUAUAAUGAGAUGGUCGAGUAUUUCAACAAAAAGGCAAAUCUCUCCGGCCAUACUCCACUUGGUAGCUUCAAUGCUUCAUUUAGCUUAACCGGUUCCAAGCAUAUAGAUGCUGCUUCCACGAAGUCUCUUUGCCUCGAUGGAUUUUUCAUUGCAAUUGCUAAAAUCGAGCUCAUCAAAUCACCUAUGGCUCUAAAUGAAAAUGUCAUACGGGCAGUGCCAAAAUCGUGGGACCCACCUGCCCUAGCAAGCUUCAUCGAGACCUUUGGUACACAUGUUAUUACAUCUAUAACUAUUGGAGGUAAAGAUGUAAUCUAUGUGAAACAGCACCUGUCGUCACCUCUCUCUAUCGUGGAAAUCAAGAACUAUGUUCAAGAUAUCGGAAAUCAAAGGUUCUGCAGCCCUGAAGGGCUUACGAAUUCCGGCCUAUUAAAAAAUAAGGGCAGCGAUUCUUCUUUAUUUAACAACCAAGGAAUUUACCCUCAACCAGCUAGUGCACCUUACCUCUCCGGGAGUGGCAAAGAACAGGAUGUCACCGUCAUAUUCAGAAGGCGUGGAGGGGAUGAUCUAGAACGGAGCCACAUUCAGUGGGCAAAAACGGUCCGAUCUUCUCCAGAUGUAAUUGAGAUGUCAUUCUUCCCUGUAACAGAAUUACUUGAUGGAGUUCGAGGAAGGGAUCAUUUGGAACGCGCUAUUUCUCUGUACCUAGAGUAUAAACCUCAGAUUGAAGAGCUACGAUACUUCCUAGAAUUUCAGGUCCCUCGAAUAUGGGCCCCCGUGCAGGAUAGGUUUCCAGGACAAGCAAGAAAGGAACCAGUUUGUCCGUCAUUACAAUUUAGCAUGAUGGGACAAAAACUAUACGUCAGCCAAGAGCAAGUUUCAGUUGGCCGGAAGCCUGUGACUGGCAUGCGGUUAUGCCUCGAGGGAUCUAAACAGAAUCGCGUCAGUAUCCAUCUUCAGCAUCUAGCGUCGCUUCCCAAGAUCCUCCAGCCGUAUUGGGACACACACGUGGCAAUUGGUGCCCCGAAGUGGCAGGGCCCAGAAGAGCAGGACAGCAGAUGGUUCGAGCCGGUCAAAUGGAAGAAAUUUUCGCACGUUAGCAGCGCACCUGUAGAGAACCCCGAGACCUUCAUAGGCGACCUCAUGGGCGCCUACGUGGUCACGGGAGCUCAGCUUGGGGUGUGGGAUUUCGGUUCAAGAAACGUCUUGCAUAUGAAGCUCUUGUACUCUAGGCUUCCCGGAUGCACAGUACGCCGGUCUUUAUGGGAUCAUGCUCCGAACGAAAAUUUCAGGAGACAGGAUGACUCUAGCUCGAGCUCCGGUGAGGAGUAUUCGGGCAAUAAAGUGGCAAAAUUUGUGGACAUGACGGAGAUGAGCAAGGGGCCGCAAGAUCCGCCGGGACACUGGCUGGUGACAGGAGGGAAGCUUGGUGUAGAAAAGGGGAAAAUUGUGGUGAGAGUCAAGUAUUCAUUGCUUAAUUACUAACAUCAGUUUUCACUUUGUGUAGUGAUUCUUGAUGUUGGUUUGAAAUGUACAUGAAUCUUGUUCUUCAUAGUUUUCUGGGAUCAGGAUGGUUUGUUUGGCUUUAGAUGUGUAGAAAUUGUCUUCAUAUAUUGAUGUUUAGGAGUUGGUUGAAUUGUGGUCUGAAGCAAGAUUCAAUAUUGUAUAUUUUUUAUCUUCAUAAAAUUAUAAAUCUAGGGGUGUUGAGAUACUCGCCUAUUUAGUUAA